AUGUUAUUACCGUCAUGGAGAGCCUUUGGCCAGGACAGGCAUGACAGUGCGAAAAUGAGGAGGAGAGGAAGAUUUGUCGGUAAAGGACGGAAAGAAGCAGGUCGACAGGACUCGAGUAUAAGUAUCAUCCGGCGACUUCAGAAGGAGGGGUGUAUGCGACGCGUUCCAUUCCGUCCUCCGAGACAUACCGGAGGAGGCUCCGGAGAAAUCAAUAACGGACAUACUUGGCAGUGGCAACCACAACGUCCACAUGUCAUCCGCAUCAACUCCUCGCAGAUACGACCACUGCCUCUACUCGCCCUGCCCACUAUCGAUCACCCUCUUCCCCACUCACAUGCAGCUUCUCACAACUGCCUGACAUCAGUAGGUGUAGUUGCUGGAAGAUAUUGGCUGAGGGGAACUAGCCGUAUGGAUUUUUGA